AUGCAGGCUGGGCGACGAUUGCAGCUCAUACCCCGCGGAGAAAAUCUUGCAGCAGGCAAGCAGAGAGAAGAGAUUGCAAGUGAUUGUUCUGAGUCAAACUUUGGACAGACAACCACCAAGAUUCUCAAGUCUCGAUGCGCGUUUCGACCUCACGGACUUUCAGAGUCCAACCUUGACCCUUUCCUGACAGCCAAGUGGAUAGUCGAUUCGAAGCUGUCUACAAUGUACACAACUCACAGCACAGACUUCCAGACAAAGUUUGGGUUUGCCAAAGAUAGUGAGGGCAAAGACAUUUUUCCAACGCUCUGGUCUCGCUGGCAUGUGCCGUCCGAGGACAAGUUUCCCAUGGAUGAAGUACCAUGGGGAAGAAUCUGCGCUCAGUUUGACUGGCCCGACGUCACUGCGCUGGGAGAUGGAUACGCCAAUGCGUACUAUCGCAAUGCUCUGCGGCAUGAGAACAUGACGUGGGUCUGGAUCAAGGACAUCUCAAGUUGCAAGUGCUUUCCCAGCUGCUAUCAGUGCACGUACAGGGUCGCGGGACUGAGCCCGCAGUUCGAGUUCAUCAACAAGACUUGCCUCGCGACCUACAAGAACACGAUAGAUGACUGCGAGUACAAGAUCGUCGGAGUGGGUGGGGGGCCGAUGGUGUAUCCGACAGCGAUCACGGACAUGCCAUGCACCAAGGUGCUGGCGGCAAAGGACGUGCAAGUGCCCGGAGGCGUGAUAAGAGCUCUGAACCUGACAGGCUCGUCGUCGACGCUCGAUCGUUCCUUCCUGAGGGCGUCAACGAUGAUGUUUCAUCUCAGCGUUGUCUUGUUGCUCAUUCGAGCUUCGACCGACUUCUGA